GUAUUUGAGAUGUCAAUUACUACGCAAGCACUAGUUGCCCCAAAAGCUAAUGGAUCGUUGAAGAUUCAAGACAUACAUCUUGAUGACUUGCGUCCGAACGAAGCUCUUGUGGAAAUCCAUGCCGUUGGUAUCUGCCAUGCGGACAUCUCCUGCCUGAAUGGCACGAUUCCGGUCAAAUUUCCAUGCGUUUUUGGUCACGAAGGCGCAGGCAAAAUUCUCCAAAUUGGCAGUGCAAUUAGAAAUAUCAUUCCCGGUGAUAAAGUUAUUCUCAGUUACAAUGCUUGCUACGAUUGCCCUACGUGCCUAUCGGGCUGUCCAGCAUAUUGUCACCAUAUGUUAAAACUGAAUUUUGGAGGGACAAGAUUGGACGAUUCCUACACCAUGCGGACAAGUGAUGGGUCUCCUAUAUCUGGCAACUUUUUCGGUCAAAGCUCGUUUUCAAAGACCGCAAUUGUUUCCAAGUCUAGCAUUGUGAAGGUUCCACCAAACACACCUUUGCAGCUUCUGGCCCCAUUGGGUUGUGGCUUGCAAACUGGAGCGGGAGCGAUUUUUAACAUCCUGAAUCUUUCAAAGGGUAGCUCCGUGGUUGUAUUUGGCACAGGGGCUGUUGGAAUGGCCGCGAUAAUGGCCGCAAAAAUCCGCCGGGUUGAUAUCAUCAUUGCUAUUGACAUUCUCCAAAAUCGGUUAGCAACGGCCCGGACCCUCGGAGCGACACAUGCCAUGGAAUUCAACGGGUCGGAUUCGAUUUUGCAGAUAAGAACAAUAUGCGGCGGGGUUGGAGCAACGUGCGCGAUUGAUACAACUGGAAACAUAACUGUUAUAGAAGAAAUGAUGGAAUGUCUCGGACCAAAAGGAAAAGGUAUCACCAUUGGAGCCCCCUCGCCUGGCCAAAAAGUCAAGGUUGACGUAUUUCGCCAUAUAACCCUUGGCAGACAGUACAUUGGAUGUAACCAAGGUGAUUCCGUGCCACAGGAGAUGAUUCCGAUCUUGAUUGAACAGUAUUUCAAUGGCAAUUUUCCCGUAGAGAAGAUAGUAAAGAUAUACGAUUUUGCCGACUUCGAAUCUGCCCUCAAGGACAUCAAAUCAGGCCGAACGAUCAAGCCUGUGUUGAUUUGGCCUGAGGCUAGCCACCUUUAA